GAAGUGCUACAAACUUCAGCCAUUUGAUGGAAACAGGGCAAAUCUCUUCAGAUAUCCUGGUGGCCUACACCAAAUGCAUCGAUUUUGCGGCUAUAAAACAUCGGAAUCAGCGGCGAUUAGAUGCGGAGGAAACGCCUUACAUAAACCACCCAAUCGGUGUGGCACAUAUUCUGGCCACAGAAGGCGGUAUAACCGAUAUCGACGUGCUGUCGGUGGCCAUACUGCACGAUACGGUCGAAGACACGGAUACUACGUUCGAGGAGAUUGAAUCCCAGUUCGGAUCGACGAUACGAUCGUUGGUGGAAGAGAUUACGGACGACAAGUCGCUACCGAAGCAGGAACGAAAGCGUCUUCAAAUAGUACAUGCCGGGGGCACGAGCUACCGGGCGCGGUUGGUGAAGCUGGCCGAUAAAAUCUACAAUCUGCGCGAUCUGCAACGCUGUAAGCCGAAAAAUUGGACCGACGAGCGCUGUCGCGAAUAUUUUCGCUGGGCGAAACAAGUUUGUGAUAAUCUAAAGGGCACCAAUGAACCGUUGGAACGCAUUCUGGACGAUAUAUUUAAGCAGGAAAAUGUUGUUUAAUAGCUUGUUGAUGAGUGGGUGCUAAUAAAUUUGCCACCUUCCGAC